AUGUUGUGCGUUCACGGUUCCAAAGCUUUUGUCCACCAUGCUUCUACUCAACCUAUAUGUAAGCAUUUUGAAAGAGACCGCACCACGUGUCUUGACCAACGAAUGAAGGAAUCAAGCUCCGGUCUUUUCUUUUCAGACGCCUCUUACAUCCUUUGGUCAAAUGUUAUCUUUCGUCUUAAAAGCACGUAUGCUGCUAUAGCCCGCCAUUUUAUGUGUGCCUUCACGAUUCCAUGGCUUUUGUCCACCAUGCUUCUACAAGUUCAUAUCAAAGUUUUGAUAAUACCACAUGAAGUAUUGCCAUUGCCUACACCUGCUAUACCUCUCCUUCAGAUAGCACAAGAACCAUACAACUCCAACGGAAAACGGUGUAAAGCCAAUAACGACAAGUGCCCCAUGCCAACUGAAUCCUUGAGUGGCCAUGUUUGUCACAUUGAAUGUUCCCUCCGAUCUUUCUUGGAUGUCAGAGUUGGAGGAAACAUAGGGUUAGACGGUGAAUACCACUGCAGACGCUGCAGUGGUACAACUGACAUGAUAUCCCAUGUUUAUAAUCUUCUUCAAACAUGUAAAACUACAAAUUUGGAUCAAGAAAUUCUGAAGAAGAUUUUGAAUCUUGGUGCUUUUCUGGUGCGGGGUUCAGGGAGAAAGGUUGCAAAUGAGCUGCUAGCUCAAAUUGAUAGGGCCACGUUGUUUAGACAGUUGAAAAGAGACCGUAAGCCGAUGCAGAUGCAGGUGGUAAAGCCGAAUCUUCCGGCUUCAGGACCCGUACCAGGAUCCGAAUCUUCUUGCGGACAAUUCUCCAAACAUCACCCCUUUCCGGCCAGGCCAGUUUUUCGGUGCGUAUACCUUUUUCCUUUACUUCCGGUGGCACUUACUGUAAAUCAGUAA